AUGAGAAUAUCACGUAAACCAGAAACUGUGGUUGACUUCCCCCUUGAAGACGUUGGAACUACCUAUGAAACUAAGCAUCUCGACGUCUCGGAUCCUCACCAGGCAUCGCACUUAGUAAGAAAAAGUAUUCCCAAAAGCGAUGAAGAUAUCGAGACUACAGAGCAAAAAUUCCGGCUGAAAGACCAAAGCUGGGACAUCAUAUUAUCAUGCUUCGGAAUCUCGUUCACGGGCUUCUUUUUCGGCUAUGAUACAGGCACAGUUGGUGGCAUAACCAACAUGCAGGCGUGGCUCAAGCGUUUCGGUCACUACGAUGAUGGUCUGGGACAAUAUGAAAUGGCAACUGCUCUGGUAGGUAUUGUGGUUUCGUCAUUCCACGUAGGAUGCAUUAUAGGAGGCUUCACCAUUGCUAGACUGGCCGACACUCUGGGGCGCCGCAUUCCAAUUGCAAUUUCUUGCUUCACGUACAUGGUCGGAAUCUCAAUACAGCUAAGUGCAGGCCACGGCAAAUGGUACCAGUAUAUGCUCGGCCGUAUGGUCACGGGACUGACCGUCGGGGCAAACGCAGUGCUGACUCCCAUGCUCCUCUCUGAAAUAGCGCCGCCAAGAAUCCGGGGUGUAAUCGUUAACUUUUAUCAGCUUAACACAACGCAUGGAAUUCUAGCUGGUUACAUCGCGGACUAUGCCACAAAAAGUAUUUACAAAGAUGACAGGAUGUGGAGGCUCCCACUCCUGGGCGGCUAUGUCUUUUCUGCAAUACUUUUGCCUGUACUUGUAUACGCGCCCGAAUCACCACGGUUUUUGAUAAAACGAGGUCGUUACACCGAGGCCAAGAAGUGUCUAGCCAGACUAAGAGGGUUAAAUAUCAAAAAGCUCGAGGACUCUGUAAUACUAUCGCAACAGGCAGCAUGUUUGGAGGAUGUGGAUAAGGAAUUGGCCUUUUUGAAUGAAACCAUUCGUUUCCAAGAGCAAAGACAGCGGAAUACCACUUUCUGGCAAUUGUUUUCCAAAAGGUUUAUAAAGCGGACACUUUCAGGUAUGUGUAUCAUGGGGUUUCAGCAAAUGUCAGGGAUUGACUACUUCUUGUAUUACGGUACGAGACUGUUCAAGUCUGUCGGUAUCGAUGAUUCUUACAAAACCUCUAUCAUUUUGGGUGCCAUAAACGCCGCUAUGACCUACGUGUCGUUAUUCGUCGCUGAUAAUUUGGGACGCAAAAAGGGCUUAUUUUGGGGAUCAGUGAGCUGCUUCAUCUGUCUGUUCAUAUUCUCGACCGUGGGUGUUGUAAUGAUCGAUCGCGCUGACGCUCCUGACUACAAGCUGUCGGGCUAUAUCAUGAUUACUUUCACAUGCCUAUUUAUUGUGAUGUUCUGCUGCUCGUGGUCAGCAAUUGCCUCUGUCCUCGUAAGCGAGAUCUUCACUCUCGAAAUCAAGGCCCAAGCGAUGGCUUUCUCACAAGCUUUCAACUGGGGUUCGAAUUUCUUCAUCGCUUUUUGCACCCCUAUAAUUACAGCGCGUAUUGGGUACGCCUUCGGUUAUGUUUUUGCCGCUUGCAUGUUUGUGGCCAUAAUAUUCGUCUACUUCAUGAUUCCUGAGACAAAGGGGCUCACCUUGGAAGAGAUCGACGAUAUUUACGAGAAAGAUAAUUGA